GCUUCUUUGCGUUUCUUCGUCUCUCUCUUCCCAUGGCGACGGCGGCGGUGGCCGAGUCCCGAAAGCUCCCUCGCCCAGGCCGCGGCGGCGUAAUCUCCCAUAACCUCACCGAAGAAGAAGCUCGAGUCCGAGCAAUUGGCGAAAUCGUGAACCAGAUGGUCGAACUCUCCCACAAAGGCCAAAACGUCGACCUCAACGCAAUCAAGUCCGCCGCGUGCCGCAAAUACGGCCUAUCACGCGCCCCUAAGCUCGUCGAAAUGAUCGCCGCACUACCUGAGUCAGAGCGCGAGUCACUCCUCCCCAAACUCCGAGCAAAGCCGGUUCGGACCGCCUCGGGGAUUGCGGUGGUGGCCGUCAUGUCGAAGCCUCACCGGUGUCCGCAUAUUGCCACUACUGGGAAUAUAUGUGUUUAUUGUCCGGGGGGACCGGAUUCGGAUUUUGAGUAUAGUACUCAGUCGUAUACUGGGUAUGAGCCGACUAGUAUGCGAGCAAUUCGUGCUAGGUAUAACCCCUAUGUGCAAGCUAGAAGCAGGAUAGAUCAGCUGAAACGAUUGGGUCACAGUGUAGAUAAGGUUGAGUUUAUCCUGAUGGGUGGAACUUUUAUGUCAUUGCCAUCAGAAUACCGUGACUAUUUCACAAGAAAUCUUCAUGAUGCUUUAUCCGGGCAUACUUCUGCUAAUGUUGAAGAGGCAGUUUCCUACUCUGAACACAGUGCAACAAAGUGUAUUGGGAUGACUAUUGAAACGAGGCCGGAUUAUUGCCUUGGACCCCAUUUGAGGCAAAUGCUUUCUUAUGGGUGUACACGACUGGAGAUUGGAGUUCAAAGCACAUAUGAGGAUGUUGCUCGUGACACCAAUAGGGGACACACAGUAGCUGCUGUGGCUGAUUGCUUUUGCUUGGCAAAGGAUGCUGGCUUCAAGGUAGUUGCUCAUAUGAUGCCUGAUCUUCCAAAUGUUGGGGUUGAGAGAGACUUGGAAAGUUUCAAGGAGUUCUUUGAAAGCCCUUCAUUUAGAGCUGAUGGGCUCAAAAUUUAUCCCACGCUUGUUAUUCGUGGGACUGGACUUUAUGAGCUUUGGAAAACGGGCAGGUAUAGGAAUUACCCGCCUGAGCAGCUUGUGGACAUUGUAGCUCGGAUCUUAGCCAUGGUACCCCCUUGGACACGUGUUUAUAGAGUUCAGCGGGAUAUUCCUAUGCCUCUGGUUACUUCUGGUGUUGAGAAAGGGAACCUUCGGGAGCUAGCUUUAGCUAGAAUGGAUGAUUUGGGCUUGAAGUGCCGGGAUGUUAGAACACGGGAAGCUGGAAUCCAGGAUAUUCACCACAAAAUAAAGCCAGACAAAGUUGAGCUUGUUCGCCGUGAUUAUUCAGCAAAUGAGGGCUGGGAAACUUUCCUUUCAUAUGAAGAUACACGGCAGGAUAUCCUCGUUGGGUUACUGCGAUUGAGAAAAAUUGGCCGAAAUGCCACUUGCCCAGAACUUAUGGGGAAGUGUUCUAUUGUUCGUGAACUACAUGUGUAUGGGACAGCAGUUCCCGUGCAUGGGCGUGAUGCUGAUAAGCUGCAACACCAGGGUUAUGGUACGCUGCUUAUGGAGGAAGCAGAGCGGAUUGCUCGUCGGGAGCAUCGAUCAACAAAGAUAGCUGUAAUAUCUGGUGUAGGAACCCGCCAUUACUAUAGAAAAUUGGGAUAUGAGCUUGAAGGUCCUUACAUGGUGAAAUGUCUUGUGUAAAAUGUCACAUGUACAUUGCCAAACAAUUUUAUUACCUAUGUUUUGGAGUUAGGGUUGGCGUUAAUGUAAUUUAAUCCUGCUUUUGUAUACCUUAGUUUGCCUCUUCCUUUCCCUUUUUCCGUCUUCUAUGAAAAUUUUGGUUGUUUGUCUCCAAAACUCGGGAGUUGAAUACAAGGCUUGCCUUAACAUUUGAAUGUGAUAUUUGGC